AUGAGUUUCACUUUCAUCGAUAUUGAUUCCGAGUCAGAGAAUCUGGGUCAGUGUUGUGAGAUUGUCCGUUUUGAUCCGUUACGCCCCACAACUCUAUGGAUUCUUCUUUAGCGAUGACAGAACGAGUACGUUCCCGACACAAGAAACAACGGCUGCCGCACACAUCAGAAGACGUUAUGGCCUACGAGCCGGAAGUCGAUUUCUCGACUGCCGGCGGUCAUUUUCCGCGAGUCUAUCUGCCUCCGGAGCAAGAAGUGAAAAACAGCGACGAAGAUGACGAGUACGACGAGGAAGACUACGCCCAUUUGUUGCCAGAUCCUGUCAGUUUUCACUAAUCAUUGGACUUCACUAACACGAGCGCACCGUACACUGAACACUUAUCGGGAAUGCAAAGAAAAGAGCAAGUGCCGUAGAAAAGUGAAAGAAUUAUUCAAUUUCAGAAUGUGGAUCCGAACGCGAGUUGGUGGAAAAGGACGCACACCACGUUGAAAGGAGACAUCUCAUCGAUACUCCUGCUCUUAUUCCUUUACCUUCUUCAAGGUGUUCCUCUCGGUUUGAUAGGAGCUGUCCCUCUUCUUCUCUCUAGCAAACAUGUCUCUUACUCAGAACAAGCCAUAUUCUCAUUUGCAUAUUGGCCUUUCAGGUAAGAUCUCCUUGUAAUCACACCAAAAAAACAUACUUUCUUUUCAUUUUCAGUUUGAAAUUAUUAUGGGCCCCAAUUGUCGACUCGGUGUAUUCAAAAAAGCUGGGAAGGAGGAAAUCGUGGAUGGUUCCUUGCCAGUACCUCAUCGGAUUAUUUAUGCUGUUCCUUUCGUACAAAGUGAAAGAUAUCAUGGGCGAAAAAGACGGCGCCUCCCCGAAUGUUGUAUUCCUGAUGCUCAUCUUCCUGCCCCUCAACUUUUUGGCCGCCACUCAGGAUAUCGCCGUCGACGGAUGGGCACUUACAAUGCUUUCGAAGUGAGCACAUUUCCUUGUUUUUUGCCAAAUUGAAACCUGUUUUCAACACAGUUUCUCACGUUCUAGCCUUUCUGAGAUCAAACUUCUAUUCGAAGUGUUUUCUAAACAAACAUUCGUCAAGGACGUGUUAAGAAUGCGUGAAUGGACUAGAAUUGGUGUUGUUUUAUCAAAUUAGAGUAUUAAAACAGUUGAUAACGGAUCUCAUUUGCAGGAAGAACGUCGGAUACGCAUCAACCUGCAAUGCUGUCGGUCAAACUGCCGGCUUCUUCCUCGGAAACAUCGUUUUCUUGGCUCUCGAGUCCGCCAGCUUCUGCAAUGAUUUCCUGCGCUCGAAAGACAACCAGAAGGACACGGGACUCAUCGAUUUGGCAGGUGGGCGCUUCCGAAAAAACAAGAACAAAAAAGAGAAAAGUUGUCUGGCGAAGUGA